AGUAAAACUGGAGUUAACAUCCCUAAAACAUAACAUUUGCAUUUGAGCAUUUUACCAUUCUCCAACUGUAUUUAAAACAUCAUUUUCAGCGCAAGCUCUAAUGGGUGCCUAAAUAACCCAAGCCCUCGGCGUUUAAAACUAAUUGUGAGAAAACCUUUUCAAGACGUGACAAAAGAUGAAAUAAAGAGAAAUACCGGCAGUUUGAGGCAACAUAUAUUUCUGAACAGCAUGUAGACUCCUUGAAGGUGAAUCUUCAGACGUGGCAACCGCGGAGCCGGAACGACAGGCGGGGAGCACUCGUUGCCUGGAAGGAAGCUAUUUCGGUCUGGCACAGCUGAAAGGCGGCGGUGUAACCAGCUGCGCUCCGGGUGGCGUGCGGCCUCCAUUGCGCCAAGGGAUGCAGCGGGUGGUGGAGGCGGCGUUGGACGUUCUGCUGAAAGCCGGGCUGACCGGGAGGGAGGCCUGCGGGUUCUGCAAGUUGACUAGAGCUGGUCAAAGAAAUAUCUUCACUUGUUCCGCUGUGCUCAAAGAUGAUGAUUCUAAGCCGUGUUCUACACCUGGACAGCAGAAAGAUUCCGAAGAGAAAAUAUCCUCUACAGCAGGGAAGAGUGACUUAUUGAACCUAAUUGGUGGUAUGAAGGUAGAAGUCAGCUCAAAGAAAAAGUUCCAGGCAUUGAGAACACAGCAACUAAACAAUCAAGCGAAGGUUCAGCCAGAAGGUGUGGAGAGUGUAUCCAGCAUGUUUCAGAAAGCGAAUAAAGACAUCAAAAGUGAAUGUAAGAAGACGUUAAAUCCGGACCUUGUUACAGCAGCUUCAGCAGUUGCAUCUUCUAUGCCCUACAACAAGAAACAGAUUGAGUCAGAACUGCUUAAACAGCUCAGGAAGCAUGAGAUGGAAACUGAAUCCCAGAAAAAUGGAGAUACCAGUAACAUUGGUGAUAUCAUUGCGGACAUGAAGAUUGGGAAGCGCCCUGGUGCACGGGCUGCGAUAAGAUCUGUCAGUCAAAUCCGCUUUGAUGACGAUGGGCAAGGAUAUAUUCCUGAUCGCGGCGUCGCAAGUGAAUUUAAUGCAAUGAGGAAUAGGAAAGGGUUAUUUACUGGGAAGAAGUUAAACAUUUUUCCUAUACAUGCUGGUGAUUCUGAGGAUGUGCCAGAAGCUGUUUCUCUGCCAUCACUAUGGGAUACUGAACUAGCCAAUCAAAUCGCAGCUGCGACAGAACAAUUGCCACGAAAUGGGUUUGAAGAGAUGAUCCGCUGGACAAAUGAAGGAAAACUCAGGCAGUUUCCUAUCGACAAUGAAGCUGGACUGGAAGCUGAGGAAGGUGUGGAAUUCCAUGAACACAUAUUUCUGGAGAAACAUUUGAAGGGAUUCUCAGAGCAAGGACCAGUGCGCCAUUUCAUGGAGCUAGUUGUCAAUGGAUUAUCUAAGAAUCCGUACUUGACAGUACGACAAAAAACUGAACACAUAGAAUGGUUUCGCCAGUAUUUCCAUGAAAAAGAAGACUUUCUGAGGGAAAGUGAAGUACACAUUAAUUGAAAUUAUUUCUUUAGGGUGAACGUUGUAAUGUGCAAAACAAAUGGUGCACAUUUUUUCCUUUUAAUAUGGUUGUACAGAUAUAAACUAUUGCAUAACUCUGAAUGUGCUGUGAGUUGAUUACCAUAACUCUGUCCGGUCUGGUUGCUAUUACUUCCAUUAGAGAAUGUACAUAAAGCAAUAAUGUUCACAUUAUAGAUCUAAUGUUGAAAUUAAGGCUUUUUUUUUGUUUUUUUAAAAAAGCUUGAAUUUAUAUGGCGUGUUCCAUAUCUUUAAACAACCUAGCAUGUUUCACAGCCAGUGAGGUAUCAUUUUGAAAAAUAAAUACAAAGAAAAUCAAAUUAUCAAUUGUAUCUGUUUUUUAAAUCACACCAGAUUGCCUUUAAAAUGAUUUAUCAUAAUUUUUUUCUCUUUGAAAAUUGAAAGCUUUGAAGCAAAGUAUCUGUUUCUUAACCAGAAAAGGUAUUUUUAUGUGCCACUCUUAACUGUGAAUGCUAAAUUUAAAAUGAACAAAUUUUUUCCAUUGUGAACCAUUUUAUGCCAUAGGCCCCCAUUCAAGAUGAUAGGAUGGCCUGGACUGUGGAUUUCUCUGACCAAUUGCCAAAGGUCUGUAGUAGGGUAAUAUUUUCCCCCCUUGUUGGUUAAGGGCAGUGUAUAACCAUUACUUUAAACCCAUUAAUUUCAAAUCAUUUUUGCUAAAUUAUCUUUACAGAAUGUUGUGAUGAGCACCUGUUUAUUAGCACCUACUAUUUUGGACAGAUGAAACUUGUGUGCAGCAGGAGCAGUAAUUUGUACACCAUAAAUGAAUCUUGACAUAUAACUUCACCUGUCAUCGGGCAGUUUAUAUUUUAAGUUAAUAUAAAGUAAAUGUAGUAUCAGUAAGCAUCCGAGGAAUUACCAUCUAAUGGAAUUAUUGCAUAAAUCAUAUAAUACAACUUUGUUUUGCUGUUAUGGUAGUAUACAUAAUGUCAGGUUAACACAAUGGAGGAAUUGGAAUCGAGGAAGCUGAUCAGAUCUUUCAUUUUUGAUCACUUAAAAGCAGAGGUUUAAGUAUUGAGUACUCUACUGCCUUGUAGUGAAGACAUUCAACUCAUAUUUUAUCACCAGGGUAAAGUUACUUGUUAUGACACUGACGUAUGACUGAAAUUUUAUCGCACAGGAAGAUGUUGGUGCAAGUGCUAACCUGCCAUUUAAAAUAUACUAUUAUUAUUAUAUCAGUACUAAUUUUACAUGUGUGAAUUUUAGAAAUAAAGUCCCAGAGAUCAAAUGAGUUUUUGUAGUUAAGUAUUUUGAUAAAGUUGGCAUAUAUUUUUAUUUUGCAAGCAGGUAAUCCCAAAAUCUUAGGCUAAAAUAAAUAGCAACAGGGUAGGGAACCAUUGCAAAAUUUCUUCACUUGGAAGGUUGUUGAUAUCUGGGUACAAUCUUGAAGAAUUCAAAUUUUGCAGGCAACUGGGGAAAAGCUUCUCUCAAAAUGUUGCACACAUGAUCGACCAAAUGGCUGCCCCCUAUGUAAAGGGGUCUAUGAACAUUGCCUGUCAUUUCUAAAAAUGAAAAAUGCUAGAAAUGCAAUUCAGGCCUUUAAAAUAAGCCACAUGUGAAUUAAUCAAAAAUGCCAAGUUAAUUUGUUCUCUUUUGACUUUGUCUUGAUUGACAGAUGAAUUAUUAACAUUUCAUCUUUGGGCUCGAUCAGCUGGAAUAAGGAGGAAUGCCCCCUGAGUGACUAGCUAGAUUUUUUUUUCCCAUCUCUACCUCCACGUAGUGAAUUGUAUUUUGGAGUGAAAUGUGAUGACCAUAACAGAGGAGCAGAAUCAGGCCGUUUGGCCCAUCGGAUUUGCUCCACCAUCGACUGUAGCUGUUAUGGUUCUCAACCCCACUCUCCUGCCUUCUUCCUGUAAUCCUUGAGUCCCCCUUACUAAUCAAGAACAUUUUCCAUCUUUGUGUCUUAAAUACACUCGAUAACUUGGGCUUCAACUAGACAUCAGGGUGGGUCUGCAAAGUUUUGGCAUUCCACUUAGAAGGCUAAAUUGUAUUUAUUUUUCAUAGUGAUGCCUACCACAUGGUGGUGCUACAGUCUGAAAAUAUUUUGGCUUUGACCAUUGUAGUGAUUGAUGUUCUUUAAAAUUAUCUCUAUUUUAAUGUUACAGUAGCUGUUGAGUAUGUAUAUAUAUAUAUAUAGAGGAGUUUUACUUAAUCCCAUUUAUUUCUUACAAUUAGGCUCUAAUGUAAGCUUGCAUUAAUAUAAUUUGCGUUUCACAUCACUUUCUAUAGGCAGGAAGAUACCUUGAAACAUUUUUACAUAAUACAAGCAAAUUUUAAAAAUAAAUCAAGCCUGUUCCUUUGACCAAUCCUUUUUUUGGGAUGUGAGUUUGCUCGCUGAGCUGGAAGGUUUG